AUGAAGGAUCAACGAAGAUGGGAAGACCUAAACACAGACUGCCUGGUGAAUAUUUUUGGAAAAGUAGGUGUGGAUUCACUGCUCUUGGAUGUUCCCUUUGUAUGCAAGACAUGGUUUAGGGCAAGCCUCGAUCCCUCGUGCUGGGAAUUUCCUACAUUUCCUAAACUCUGGACUGACAGUUAUAUCUUUGACAUUGAUUAUGAAGAUCAGGAUUUUAAUACCUUUGCUGAUAGAUGUGCAUAUCAAUAUCAGGUUCGUCGGAGUCUUUGCACUGUUGCUUCAUUUGUGCAGUUUAUUGUAAAUCGUAGCAGGGGGUAUUCUACUUCUCUCAGGCUACCUGUAUACUCUUCUAAUGAAGAGUUGAGACAUAUUGCUGAUGUAUGUCCUGGCCUCAAGGUUCUGGCACUACCUCGGCUUGUACAAACUUUUAACUUGAACAGAAUCCUAGAAAUUAUUGGCAAUUGGAAAUACCUGGAGACAUUGUUUAUGGCAGACAGCUUUGGUAUGGAGAAAAUCCUGUCACAGAUCAGCAUUUGCUGUAAAAAUUUCUCUUGUUUACAUAUGUUUAAUACACGUAUAUCUGAAGAUGAGGCAAUGGAAAUUGUUAGCCACCUCCCUAAGCUGAAGCAGUUGAGCUUGAUAAAUGGACAUAUUGGUCGGGAUAAUCUUGUGAAGUUACUAAAAGGUUGCAAGGAUCUUGUUCUUUUGGAUGUAAGAGAUUGUGUAGGUUUUGAUGAGGGUGAUGCUGAAAUAUUGAAGCUUGCUUCUCAUAUUACUGAAUUCAGCUGUGAGGGUUCAAAAAGUGCUGACAAAUACUACAGGGACAACUAUGAAGAGUAUGGGGAGUCUGAGCUUUCUGCUGACAUGUAUGAUUUCUCUGAAGACGAGUAUGGUUACUAUGAAGACGAGUACGGUUACUGUGAAGACAUAUCUGCAUUCGGAGAAAUGUACUAG